AUGACAACUAAACCAAAUCAAAAUAUUAUUAUUAUGACAUUUACAAUUAUAUGUAUUUUAAUUAUAUAUCAUUAUUUUAUCUAUCGUCAAAAUUUCUUUAAUUUAAAACAAUUAAAUCAAUUUGAAAAAUUUUCUUCAAAAGAUUUUUAUCCAUGUAUUGCUAUAAUUGUCGAAUUUCGUACAACAGAUAAAAUCAUAAGUGUUGUUCAUAAUGUUAAUUAUCAUAUUCCAAUAACAUGGCCUAUACAAAUUUUUCAUGGUAUAACAAAUGAAAAUUUUAUUCGAAAUUCAACACUUUCAUCAUUAAUUUCAUCAGGAAAAAUAAUUCUUACUUUAAUGAAAGAAAUUUAUGAUAGAAGUCGAACAAAUAUAUUAUUUACUGAUGCAAAAUUUUGGAAAAAAGUACGUGGUGAAAAAAUUCUUCUCUUUCAAAUUGAUUCUAUUAUGUGUUCAAAUUCACCACAUAAAAUAAUUGAUUAUCUUCAAUAUGAUUAUGUUGGUGCACCAUGGGAUAUAUCUUGGUAUACAGAUGAUCGAAAAUAUCUUGUUGGUAAUGGUGGAUUUUCAUUACGUACUCGUAGAAAAAUUUUAGAAUUAAUUGCAUUAAUUCCAUAUGAUCGUCGAAAACCUGAAGAUGUAUGGUAUGCACAAAAUUUACAUCGUGUUAAUGCAUCUAUAGCUCCAGUACAUAUAGCAAAAACAUUUUCUGUUGAAUCAAUAUAUUAUGAACGACCAGUUGGUAUACAUAGAUUUUCUUGGAAUUGUAAUUUUCGUAGAAAGAUAAGUGAAACAUGUCCAGAAUCAGUUAUGGUUUUACCAAAUGGAGGAUGUUGA